AUGUCGAAAGACUCCACUGAAAUUUCAGGCCGAGCAACCACCGACCAAAUGAUUGCUUUGAACGGCUUCUUAAAGGUCGAUCCACAACUACUAAGUGGUAAGUUUAGUAGUACGUUCACCUUUAAGAUUGCUCAAAAACGAUGGGAAAUUAUUGCCGAAUCAUUAAAUGCCAUGCCCGGGGCUGUUAAAAGUUGGAACAAAUGGCGUAAAACAUUCCAAGACAACCGUACUAAGGCAAAAUCAAAACAUUCAAUGAUUCUUCUACCGGCAGUUCAACAUUAUGUAUUAUACACAUAUUGUGUAGUACUGUGCAUGCGUUUAUAA